AUGCCACGUGUUUCGGCGGAAUCCCAAGAUAUCACUAUCGACGGCGGCAACGAGCCACCGACGCUCGGCGAACUGCUGAAAGAUUCUGAUGACAAUGCUUCCAAUCAUCACAUAUUGGAUCUCGAUUCCCCUAAAAUGCAACCUGUGCCGUUUCUCUUAUCCUUCAACAAUCUUAGUUACAACGUCGGACUUCGCCGGCGUUUUGACUUCUCGCCGCUGCUCUCUCCUGGAAAGCCCGCUUCUGUGAAAACGCUACUCGACGGUGUUUCCGGCCAGGCUUGCGACGGUGACAUCGUCGCCGUUCUCGGUGCAAGCGGUGCCGGAAAAUCCACGUUGAUCGACGCAUUGGCCGGACGAGUGGCGGAGGGAAGCCUGAGAGGCUCCGUAACUCUCAACGGAGAAAAGGUUUUGCAAUCACGGUUGCUAAAAGUGAUAUCGGCUUACGUCAUGCAAGACGAUCUCCUCUUCCCGAUGCUCACCGUCAAAGAAACCCUAAUGUUCGCCUCCGAGUUUCGUCUCCCUCGAAGCUUACCCAAAUCGAAGAAAAUGGAGCGUGUCGAAUCCCUAAUCGACCAAUUGGGACUCAGAAACGCGGCGGACACUAUAAUCGGAGACGAAGGACACCGUGGAGUCUCCGGCGGAGAGAGACGCCGCGUCUCAAUCGGAAUCGACAUCAUCCACGAUCCGAUCGUCUUGUUCCUCGACGAACCGACCUCGGGGCUAGACUCAACCAACGCGUUCAUGGUGGUGCAGGUUCUCAAACGAAUCGCUCAAAGUGGCAGCAUCGUGAUGAUGUCGAUACAUCAACCAAGUGCUCGGAUCUUAGAUCUUCUUGAUCGUCUUAUCAUCUUAUCUCGCGGCAAGAGCGUCUUCAACGGAUCUCCGGCGAGUCUUCCUUCUUUCUUCUCCGAUUUCGGCCGUCCCAUCCCGGAGAAAGAGAACAUCACAGAGUUCGCACUUGACGUCAUCCGAGAGCUCGAAGGAGCCUCUCAAGGAACUAAAGAGUUAGUCCAAUUCAACGAAAGCUGGCAACAGAACCAAUCUCCACGAGCCACGUCACAAACCACCUUAUCUCUAAAACAAUCCAUCAACGAAAGUGUUUCAAGAGGCAAACUAGUCUCCGGCUCAACCGGUUCAUACGCAAACCAGCCGUUAACCGAAACCUUUAUCUUAGCCAAACGGUACAUCAAAAACUGGAUCCGGACGCCCGAGCUGAUCAUAACCCGGAUCGCUACCGUCAUGGUCACGGGUCUUCUCUUAGCCACAAUAUAUUGGAGACUCGACAACACUCCAAGUGGUGCACAAGAGAGGAUGGGGUUUUUCGCGUUUGGCAUGUCAACGAUGUUCUACGUUUGUUCAGACAACAUACCAGUUUUCAUCCAAGAACGUUACAUUUUCUUGCGAGAGACGACUCACAACGCGUACAGAACAUCUUCAUACGUCAUCGCUCACUCUCUCGUGGCAAUGCCUCAGCUGCUCGCUCUCUCCUUAGCGUUCGCUGCGACUACGUUUUGGACCGUUGGUUUGAGCGGCGGGUUAGGGAGUUUCGUCUUCUACUGCCUCAUUAUCUACGCAGCGUUUUGGUCUGGAUCAUCUGUUGUGACUUUCAUAUCCGGUGUUAUCCCAAAUGUCAUGAUUAGUUUCAUGGCCACUCUUACUUAUCUUUCCUACUGUCUUCUUCUGGGCGGAUUCUUCAUCAACCGGAAUCGGAUACCGAUCUACUGGAAGUGGUUUCAUUACAUUUCGCUGCUUAAGUAUCCUUACGAGGCUGUCCUAAUCAACGAGUUUGAUGAUCCGUCUCGAUGUUUUGUGGAGGGAGUUCAGGUGUUCGAUGGUACGCUUUUGGCGGGAGUGCCUGAUGCGAUGAAGGUUAAGCUCCUCGAUACGUUGAGUGGCUCUCUAGGUACGAAGUUAACGGAGUCCACAUGCUUGAGAACAGGGCCAGAAUUGCUUAUGCAGCAAGGUAUUACUCAGUUGAGCAAGUGGGAUUGCUUGUGGAUUACGUUAGCUUGGGGUUUCUUCUUUAGGAUCUUGUUUUACUUCGCCUUGCUGUUUGGGAGCAAGAAUAAGAGGACGUGA